AUGUCGUCACAAACCCUCACCCGCCAGGGCACCAGAAGCGAUCUCAAGUGGCAGGAAAAGGUGUCAAAGCGGCGAACCGAACGGCAGCUGCCGAUCGGGCACGGCGAGUACACGGUGCUCUACCCGCCCGGCCUCGCAAAGAUGGCGCUCGGCUUGGCAGAGAACCUCGGCGACAAUCUGCCGGUGCUGUGCACCGACGACAUCUUCAGCGGCGGCUCGAUCGACGAGACGGGCCUCGCAUGGGAGCGCUUCCCGUCGGGCGACCCAAACAUCAAGCUGCGCGUCGACCUGAUCCGCGACCGGCACGUGGUGCUGCUGAUGAACCACGACACGAUCUUCCUGUUCGAGCAGCUCGCGGUCAUCCUCUUCCUCCAGCGGUUCAACGUGCCCCACGCCAAGGAGCAGUACGCGCGCGGCAAGCGGCGCGAGUACGACUACGUGCUCCAGCCACGCGUGCAGGAGGACCCUCGCCGCGCCUUCAUCGUCUUCCCGGACCACGGCGCCCACCGCCGCUUCUACCAGAUGGUGCACCGCUGCAUCCCCGGCAUCCAGUACGAAAACAUCCUCUGGAUCGACAAGACGCGAGUCGGCACCUUUGUCCUCCUGGCCGACGACUUCACCAACUCUGGCUCGACGCUCUUCGGAGGCGCGGAGGUGAUCCGCACGCACGCCGACGGCGCAAUCAAGGUUUGCGCGUACGUCUCGCACUACGUCGCAAAGUACGACCGCGCCACCGUCUCAAAGUUCGUCGACAAGCUCUACGCCGGGGGCGCUCUCGACGAGUUCCACUGUCGAGCGGAGCCGGCGGCGCGCGAGCCGGCGAGGGGGUCGGCGCGGGAGUCGUCGCUGCCAACGGGUCGCGAGUGGGAGGCGCGGCUGCAGGCGCGCCGGGCGUUUGAGGCGACGCGUCCGAGCCACGCGAGCGGCGGCAGCCGCACCGCCUCCGGCGUGGGCCGCGGCUCGCCGGCGACCGCCUCUCGCCUCGUGGGCGCGCUCAAGCAGGCGCUCGACGAAGGAGCUGGCGACGAGGGCGAGGCGGUCUCAGAAGCCCCCACUGUGGAGUUCCUGUGA